UAGAUUGGUUACCACAUGGCUUUUAUCCAACUCGAGGCGCUUGAGAGUGGACCGCUUGGAGAGUGGGAGCGCAGUCGCAGGUUAUCCAUCGCCCGGUGUAAGAUCUACCGUCACUCUGCCACGUCUGGGAUCUUCCUUUAUAUAGACGGGACACUCAACAAGACCACUUUCCUCAACGCGGAUCCAGAUUGCUCUCAUUUUCCUCUUUUGCCCCCCUCUCUCCUCUUUUUUUGCCACCCCCCUGAUCAGGCUUAACCACCCUGUGUUUUGUAAAGGCAAUUGUUAGUGCGCAUCAUCGCAGGAGCCAAAAGGAGGUUUGCCACUUCUUCCAUAGGAGACUGCGGGCUGCCAGAGCGUCAUGACAGCUGAGAAGAGCGGGCCCGUUAUAAACGGUAAACCAGAGGAUGGCAGAGACCCGGAAGGGUCCGAUUCCAGCCUAGACAACAGGGAGUACAAUGAGAGAGGCCAGUGGAACAACAAGAUCGAGUUUGUCCUGUCUGUGGCUGGAGAGAUCAUCGGGCUGGGCAAUGUCUGGAGGUUUCCUUACCUCUGCUACAAGAAUGGAGGAGGUGCGUUCUUUGUUCCGUAUGUCAUCUUCUUCGUGUGCUGCGGUAUCCCUGUGUUUUUCCUGGAGACUGCCCUGGGUCAGUUCACCAGUGAGGGAGGCAUCACCUGCUGGAGGAAAGUCUGCCCGCUAUUUGAGGGUAUUGGCUAUGCAACGCAGGUGAUCGAAGCUCAUCUUAACGUCUACUAUGUAGUGAUCCUCGCCUGGGCCAUCUUCUACCUCUUCAACUGCUUCACCACCGAGCUGCCGUGGGCCGGCUGUGGGCACUACUGGAACACAGAGAACUGCGUAGACUACUAUGGAGAAAACGCCACCAACAUUACAAACCCCAACGCCACCUCUCCAGUCAUUGAGUUCUGGGAACGCAGAGUGCUGAAGAUAUCAGAUGGUAUUGAGCACAUGGGGGGAAUGCGCUGGGAGCUGGCCAUGUGUCUGGCCCUGGCCUGGUUCAUCUGCUACUUCUGCAUCUGGAAAGGACCCAAGUCGACUGGCAAGGUUGUGUAUGUGACAGCUACAUUUCCUUAUGUCAUGCUGUUGAUCCUGUUGAUCAGAGGGGUGACGCUGCCAGGAGCGUUCGACGGCAUCAAGUUCUACCUCUACCCGGACAUAUCACGUCUCUCUGACCCUCAGGUGUGGGUUGAUGCUGGAACCCAAAUCUUCUUCUCCUAUGCCAUCUGCUUGGGCUGUCUCACUGCUCUGGGAAGUUACAAUGCCUACAACAAUAACUGCUACAGGGACUGCAUCAUGCUAUGUUGUCUGAACAGCGGCACCAGCUUUGUAGCAGGUUUCGCUAUCUUCUCUGUGCUGGGCUUCAUGGCUUACGAACAAAACGUUCCCAUCGAGGCUGUGGCAGAAUCUGGUCCUGGUCUUGCAUUUAUUGCAUACCCCAAGGCUGUUACUAUGAUGCCUCUGUCUCCACUUUGGGCCUGUCUCUUUUUCAUGAUGCUCAUCUUCCUCGGCCUGGACAGUCAGUUUGUGUGUGUGGAGAGUUUAGUGACAGCUGUGGUGGACAUGUACCCAGAGACCUUCAGGAGAGGCUACCGCAGAGAGCUGCUGAUUCUGGGCAUGUCUAUAGCCUCCUUCUUCAUAGGACUUAUCAUGUGUACAGAGGGAGGGAUGUACGUCUUCCAGCUGUUUGACUCAUACGCUGCCAGCGGGAUGUGUUUGCUGUUUGUGGCCAUAUUUGAGUCCAUAUGUAUCGGCUGGGUGUACGGUAGUGACAGAUUCUACCUAAAUAUUGAGGACAUGAUUGGCUACAAACCUGUCUUCUUCAUCAAAUGGUGCUGGAUGAUCCUGACCCCGGGCAUCUGUGCUGGAAUUUUCUUGUUCUUCCUGAUUAAAUACAAACCGCUGAAGUACAACAACGUGUACACCUACCCUGACUGGGGUUAUGGUAUUGGCUGGUUCAUGGCCAUGUCCUCGAUGGUCUGCAUCCCACUGGGGAUUAUCUGGAUGAUCUGGAAGACUCCUGGCACCUUCUCUGAGAGAAUGAAGAAGUUGACAACUCCCAGCCCAGAUCUGAAAAUGAGAGGGAAGCUCGCUGCUCUCAGUCCUUACGCUGCCAACGAUGCAAAACUUAAGGUUGAUGGGAAAAUAUCCACCAUCUCAGAGAAGGAGACGCAUUUCUAACCGACCACCUGAUGAAACAACCAAGCUGCCUGCUGUCUUCUCAAUAAGUCCAACAAAUGAAAACCACAGCAAACAACAACAACAGUAUCCGCACCUACACAAAACAGGAAAUGAAACAAAUGACUUGGAGUGUUAUUUUUGUUUUGUAAAAAAAAAAAGCGGGAAAAAGGAAAAGCUAUCACAUGAUUCGUAGUCUGCUUCUGUUUUGCACAAACUUUGAUAACACUUUUUUUCAGUUAACAUCGUGACUUAAGCAGCUGUUUCUUUCUUUUCUAACUAUUAAUAUUUUUAAGAUCUGUCUGAUGACAUAUGUGGUUAAACAUGUCCUGGUACCUUGUCAGUACUGGUCACACUAGUGUCUGGGCCUGUAGAACAAAACCAAUGUGCUGUGUUGUAAAAAAAAACUUACACUGUACAUUUUCUGGCAAAGUGCUGUGCCUCUUUAUUAGGUACUAGGUACCCAAAUGUGACUGUCUAAGAUGUAGCAGCAUGGGGACCAUUCUACAUAGUUUUGUGUGUUAAGAGGAUACUGCAGUGUGUGUUAGCACUAAGGCUAUAGGAGGGCAAACCCUGAAUACCCCUGCAACUUUGAGUUGUACCAGCUGGGACUGUGGUGGUUUAUAGGUCUUCAACAAUUCUUUUUUACUUCAAUUUAGUGUUGUUGCUAAGCAACAUAAGCAGAAACUCAGAUGCAGUUGAAUGAUAUUAUUUGGCUCUUCCCAGGUUGUCAAAUGCAGACCCUUUGGCAUCUCAUAGAGAUGCACGUGGCAAAAAAAAAAACAAAAAACAAAAAAGAGUGUGUAUGAACUGCAGUAACAGUAUUUUUCCAACUGCAGGAAAAUGUAACUGCAUCAGACAUGAAUAUGUGCAUGCACAAAAUGAAACUAAUGCUUUCCAGCUGCAGUAGUCUCUAAUGGGGACCAUCCAGGCGAUAUAGGAACACGAUGGCACCUCUCAUAAGAGCCCUUUUCAAUGAGACUUUAACACUUAAUAUCCAUCAAACUUUAACUGGAUUGACAAAAGGUCCUAGGAAAGUCCAUUCGGGUUUAGGGUUUAGUAGACAAAUUCUGUUGGACCGUAGUAUAUUUAAAGAUAGUGUUGCUGCUAAUAGGUCUUAGUUUAAUCUUGACAUGCUUAUUUGUAGGACUGCCCCUUUAAAGUCAGAGAUUCAAAUCAUCAGUUGACCCCUCAAUCGACUGGGAUUGCUUCAAGUUGAGCAGUCUUUUUUUUCUUAGCAGCGCACUUCUGGGGAUGUUUUGGUCCUCAGAUUUUGCUGCAGAGUGCACGCUCUUGACUUUUGCAUUACGCUUUGGUACAGGGAGCUGGGAACGGUGGACAUGCAAUUAGCGGCACAGAGAGGGAGAGAUUCUUUGCUUCAAAGUGGUAAAUUUACAGCUCGCAGCAGCUUAUUAUGUUACAGUCUCUGACUUUUCUUUGAUAUCUAGUGUUGGCAAAAAAUGUUACACAUUUCUGACCCGUCGUUAGUGCACUUAGCUUGUUUACAAUAUUAUGGGAGUGCAGUGUGUAUAGAGAGCAAAACAAAUCAUCAAACAUUUGUACUGAACAGCCAGAUUGAAUUCGACUGACAUCAUUCUGAGUCAGGUACAGCCCAACUUAUUUCUACACUUUGUAUUCUUAAUCUAAUAUUUACAAUAAAUAAGUUGGUUCAGUGCCAUAGUGGCAACAACUUACAAUAUGGGGCCCCAAACUAAAUCAUGCUUAGGGCCCCCAAAAGUCAAAGGUCAUCCCUAUCAAGGGGCGUGACAAAGUGUCAG